AGAGGGGGAUGGAGAAAAGGAAGGCAAGCAAGGAGUGAUAGUUUUUCACAGUGUUUGGCAGAGUCCCUCUCAGUGUUGAACAGCUUCUUAGAGAGAGGGGAAGAGGAGGGACUGGCGUCUCUGUUCAGCUGUUUGAGCUGUGUGUCCAGUCUGCCCAGCCGUGCGGCCAGCGAGGGUGUGACCAUGCGCGUGGUGUGUGUGUUCCUGUUUGCUGCCCUGCUUCCCUCGUCUCUCUCCCAGAGACACGAUCCCUUCCAGUGGCUGUCAGCCCUGCGUAGCCAAGGCUACCAUGCAGACAACACGGGAGGGGAGUGCCCCGAAGAGUGUGACUGUCCUCCCUCCUUCCCCAUCGCCAUGUACUGUGACGGCCGUGGGCUGACAGUCAUGCCCACUGUGCCCUCCCGUAUGAAGUACCUGUACCUGCAGCACAACGCCAUCACCGCCCUGCCUGAUGAAGCCCUAGCCAACGCCACCAGCCUGGUGUGGAUGAUGAUGCACUAUAACCAGCUGUCCUCCGACCGCAUCGGCAAGAAGGCAUUUGCCAAGCUGCAGAGUCUUGAACGCCUCUAUCUGCAGCACAACAACCUGACCCGUGUUCCCCCAAACCUCCCACGCUCUCUCCGAGAUCUACGCCUCAAUGGCAAUAGUAUCAACAAGGUAACACCUGCUGCCCUGGAGGGAAUGGACAACUUGACCGUUCUGUAUCUCCAUGACAACGCUGUGACAGAUGUGGCUGCAUCACUGAAGGGGUUGAACUCUCUCACACUGCUGGAUAUCAGCGGCAACAAGCUCAAGAAGGUCCCAGACGGUCUGCCAGAGCAUCUCCACCAGCUGUACCUGGAGUCCAACUCCAUCAGUGCUGUUCCAGAGGGCUUCCUGCGCCAGUUCUCCCAGCUACAGUACAUCCGCAUGGGCCACAACCAGAUAACAGACAAGGGAAUCCCCCCAAACACUUUCAAUGUGACCGGCCUGGUGGAGCUGGACCUGAGCUACAACAAGCUAGAGAGGAUCCCCCCUGUCAGUGCCACCCUGGAGCACCUGUACCUGCAGGCCAACCAAAUUAAAGAGUUUACCCUGGGUAGUUUCUGCAGUGUUGUGGAUGUGAUGAACUACUCGAAGCUGCGGACACUGCGACUGGAUGGGAAUGAGAUCAGUGCCCAGGAUGUGCCCUCUGACUCUGCCUUGUGUCUGCGCCUGGCAGCCACUAUCGAGCUGUAGCAAAUCCUCCAGAUUCUGAUCAAGGCUAAGAUUAGCCUCCCCAACUCCUAAACUUAGCCAUUGGUGGGGGGAAAUUGAUUAGGGAUAAGAAUCUAAUACGUUAAGUUGGUCUGGCUUUCAUGCUGCCACUGGAGGGCAACAGACCUUAACUGCAUUGCUGUAGUUCUCCUAUUUCUACAGUAGGUGGCAGCGUUUUGGUUUAUACUGCCAAUGUAUCAGGUCCCGAAGUGAAGCCACAGAAUGAACCAACAGGCUGAAUAGCCCAAAGGUCAUCUGCAACAUGUUUACCUACAACUGUUUAAUUACAGGUGAUGAUUCGUGUUGUUUUCAUUACACAUAAAAUACUUGCAAAGCCACCUCAUAAAAAGAAAAGCUUUUGGAAUAAGUUUGUAAACUACGUACCACAUAGUCUUGUAGUGCUAAUACAUAGACUUUUGCCUAAAGGCUUCAGGUUACUCUUGUCUGUGUGAAUGAGCAUGCAUGUUUAAUCUUCUCCUCAGUAGGUCAUGGUCAGUUUGACCACUCUUUUGUGAUGUGUAGAUACAUUAUACUAUGGAGUAUUUUCAAUAUCUUUCUUGGUAUUCUUUUGCAACCAUAAUUCUGUUACGACAGCAUUUGCAGGGGUUGAACAGUGCUAUGAGUAUUUACUCAAUCACUUGGCCUCAGAGAACUGACUCACAAAUGUAUAAUUACAUAUCACACUCCCAAGGCCUCCAUACUCCCUAACCCCAUAUUAGUUAUUUUUAGUCUCAACAAAUUAGCACAACACUUUUAUCGCUAUGGCGGUGUUGCUUUGUACUAUGCAAACUGUUUUGUGCAUUUGUCUUAUUCUGUGGUGCUAAAAUUGACACAUGAAUGCAUAGCAUUUAUUGAUCUUCAAAUUGACUAAGGUUGUGGUGUUUUAAUACUAAGUGCCUGUCUUAUGGAAUAAAUAAAGGUAACCAUUUUUACAUGUA